AUGAGAUCAGAGCUUUCAACAACUAAAGCUACUGCGGAUGAAAGUGCACAGUCUGCUCAAUCUGCAGAAUUACAGUGUUUGGCGCUUCUAAAAGAAUUAGAAGAGAAGAAUUUCUCUUUAAAGGAGCAUGAGGUUCGUGUGAAUAAACUGGGAGAAAAAAUAGAUGUUCUUCAGAAGAAUCUUCAAUCCAGGGAUCAUUCCCAAAUGCAACUGAAAGAUGAAGUCAUGAGAAUAGAGCAGGAGAUCAACCAAACAUUAGCUAAGGCCGGAGCGAAUAAAGAUUGUGAGCUUAGGAAAAUAUGA